AUGUCAAAUCUAAGAGGCAUCGAGGUACUUGAUGUUUCCCGGAACAACUUGUCUGGGCCGAUUCCACCGUUUCUGGCUGAGCUCCCUUUCCUCAAGAAUCUCAAUCUUUCCUUCAACAUGUUCGAGGGAGAAGUGCCAAAGGGAAGAAUCUUUGGUAACCUCAGCGCUGUCUCAGUUGUUGGAAAUGAUAAGCUGUGUGGAGGACCUCCCAUGUUGCAGUUGCCAACAUGUAAAGAUGGAGCUCGAAAGAAACGCCGAAAUGGAUUUUGGUCUCAGAGGAUAGUUCUGAUAAUUAGUGUGACUGUCCCUAUUCUUCUUCUGUUAGUAGGAGGGAUCAUCACAACAGUUCUUUGCCAAUCAAAAAGGUCGAAAAGGGAGACAACUCCAGCUUCUUUGAUGGAGAAUCAUUGCCCUAAGCUUUCUUAUGCAGAACUUUCUCAAGCAACAGAUAGGUUCUCUCCAGCAAACCUGGUUGGAGAAGGAAGCUUUGGUGUGGUCUACAAAGGGGUCUUACCGAGCAAUGAACAAAUUGUCGCCGUGAAGGUUCUCAAACUUGAAGAAAAGGGAUCAAUCAAGAGCUUCAUGGCUGAGUGUGAGGCCUUGAGGCAAAUUCGGCAUCGGAACCUGGUCAAGACUAUAACUUCUUGUUCGGCCAUUGAUUUCAGCGGUGAUGAUUUUAAGGCUCUAGUGUUUUAG